CUUUUCCAGGUUUUUGUUUGUUUUCUUUCACGUUCUUCCGAGCAUGUCAGUCCUGUGUCUUUUAGACUUUAGUUUCUACUCUAGGCUUAUGUCCAACUUAAUUCUUCCUUAUUUUCUCAGGAGUGAUUGUCAACCUUUUGUUGAAGCAUUUUCAAAAGCCUACACCAAUUCAAAGCAUUAGUUGGCCUGUAGCUUUGAGCGGUCAUGACUUGAUCUCAAUUGCUAAAACUGGUUCUGGCAAAACUUUGGGGUUCAUCUUGCCAGCUAUUAUUCAUGUCAAGAACCAGCCUAAACGCGAAAUGCGUGAGGGACCUUUAGUUGUUGUGCUUCUUCCGACUCGUGAGUUGGCUCUUCAGGUUGAGGAGGUUGCAAAGGAAUAUUGCGAUGUAGCAGACCUUAAGGCUACUUGCUGCUACGGAGGCGCCUCCAAAGGGCCACAAGCACGUGAUUUGAUGUAUGGUGUUGAUAUUUGCAUCGCUACUCCAGGGCGACUUUUGGAUUUUCUUGACAAUGGCACUACUAACAUGGGACGAUGUAGUUAUUUUGUGCUUGAUGAAGCUGAUCGCAUGCUUGACAUGGGCUUUGAGCCUCAAAUUCGCCGAAUUGCAGAUCAGAUUCGCGGUAAAACAAAGACUUUAAUCUUCGUUGAGACUAAGCGAAAGGCUGAUGACUUGACCCGAUGGAUGAGACAGGACGGCUGGCCAGCACUUUGUAUCCAUGGUGACAAGGAACAACGAGAACGUGAAUGGGUUUUGGCAGAGUUCAAGGCUUCUCGUACUCCAAUUCUUAUAGCCACUGAUGUUGCUGCUCGGGGAUUAGAUGUUGAUGAUGUGAAAUUUGUUAUCAAUUUUGAUUACCCGAACAAUUCCGAAGAUUAUGUUCAUCGAAUUGGACGAACGGGACGUAGAGAUCGCUCUGUUAGUUUUUUGAUUUUGAGUUGUUAA